CUGAGUAAGAGAGUUCUGAGAGAGAGAGAGAGAGAGAGAGAGAGAGAGAGAGAGAGAGAGAGAGAGAGAGAGAGAGAGAGAGAGAGAGAGAGAGAGAGAGAGAGAGAGAGAGAGAGAGAGAGAGAGAGAGAGAGAGAGAGAGAGAGAGAGAGAGAGAGAGAGAGAGAGAGAGAGAGAGAGAGAGAGAGAGUCAUGUUCUCUGCUGAGGAUGACCGCCCCUAUCACAUGGGUGUUGGCAGCAGGAUAGCAGGUGUGGUGCAGGGGUACAGGCCACAGGUGGACUGGGGAGGGGACGCAGGCUCGGCUACAAUAGUGGUCGGGGGGCACAAUGUGAAGGUGGCUACUCCAGGCUGGCGGAGACGCUGCCUGUAUCUUUUGCUGCUAGCUCUGUUGGCCCUGUCUAUUGUGAACCUGUCCCUGACACUGCUGGUGCUCAAGACUACUUACUUUAGUGUGGAUGGAAUGGGAGAUCUUCAUAUUAGUGUGAGAGGUUUGGACAUGGAAGGAACCACACGAUUUUUGGGAAAGGUCACAGCAGGACAAGUCACCAGCAAGAAGGGUAGGCACCUACUGAUGGAAGGCUAUCACAACCUGACCAUCGCCGCCACAGCAGAAAAUAAAAACUUUCCCGAAACCUUCCUUCACCUAGGAGUGGACAGUGUAAGUGCAGCAGGCAAUAAGGUAACAGUGGAGACUCCUGAUGGCCAGUCCCUGUUCAUGGCAACAAAGGACGACAUAUUGGUUGGGGCUGACAGGCUGACAGUGACAGGUUCCCAAGGCGCCAUUUUGAAGGGAUCUCUGCAAACACCUAUUUUGUAUUCCCGAGGCACUCAGGAACUCAGGUUGGAGAGUGCAACAGGGAGUGUGUCAGGCAGAGCAGCAAAGGAAGUCAGCUUGGAGGCAAGAGAUGGGGAUAUUUCCCUUGUAUCUUCAAAUGACUUGACUUUGGAAAGUAAGCCUGGGGGCAUACGAUUCGAUAACCCCAAAAUCUACCUGACGGAGUUGCUUACUGCCAGUGACAGUGAAAGCGUGACACCAACUGAGACCCCACAAGAGACACAAUUGGAGGCACCACUAGAGAGGGAAGAUAUCUCCUACUCCUCCUCCUCCUCCUCCUCCUCCUCCUCCUCCUCCUCCUCCUCCUCCUCCUCCUCCUCCUCCUCCUCCUCCUCCUCUGUCCAAGUGUAUCAAGUGUGUGUAUGCCCUAAUGGCCGCCUUUUCCUGAUGGAGGCAACUGUGAUGUGCCAGUUUGCGGAUAACAUCUGUCGUUGAGGUCCGUUUCAUGCA